AUGACAACUAUGUCACCGUCUAAAUCUGAUAUUACACCUCCAACCAAGCUUCAACUAGCCCUAGCAUUGGCUGUUGUCAAGGGAAAACCACCAGGCCAAGGCGUUAAAGAAUAUAUUUUGCAGGUUCGACAGUUCAUUAGAGAGACCAAAGAUUUGGGCCAGGUUGGUGCGACGGACAAGUUCUUCGACAGCGUCUCCUUCUGGCAACAAGCGUACGAACGGUCUGAGGCAGGACAGAGCAAGUUACAAGAUCAAGUCCACGAGCUUAACCAGCGUAUCGAGGGUCUUCUUGCCAACCUGCGUGUCAAAGUCACUGCAAAUGAGAAUGAGACCUUGCCGGCAAACAAACGCAAAGCGCCUGCUGGUGGCAAGAAUGCGAAGAGUUCGCACAUGGCUAGGAAACGCACAAAGCUACCAAAAAGUAUGCAGAAAAGUAUUCCAUUAUUGGAUGAUGAUGAUGAUGAUUCAGGAAAAGAAGAUGAUCUUAACAGGCAGCUGUAUAUCGUCCAAAAGGCCUUGCAAAAAAGGAUAAACAGUAGUUCUGAGGCCAAUUCUCUGGCUGUGGAUGCAGUCAUCCUUUGCAAGUCUGCCGAGCAGAGACUGAUCCAAACUAUUCAGAACGAGAGCAGCAUGACGGAGCAGAAAACUUUCCAAGCCGAGCAGGCCAAUAUGCCAGACACAGAAGCUGUUAUGAAUGGGGUGACAGUUGCUUUCCAUCUCAUGCACAAAGCGUUGCAUAAAAUGAUUGGGGCCGAGAAUAGCACGCAGCACCAAGCUCAGAUCAUCUACUAUCUGGUAGGUCUGUUCGAAUCAAGCAUGACAUCACUCACUCUGCAUUGCACUGCGAUAUCCAAGCAAAAGUCAGCCACCAAAAACGUCAAAUCAAGCAGAGGCCCAAAGUCUGCUACGCAACCAAAUGAGGAAAACAAACGUACAAAAGAGAAGAGCACACCUACCAAGAAUGAGACGGCCACUCGCCUCGGAGAUCUGCUCUGUACGAUGGCACUAUCCCUUAACCUAACUCGUACCGAAGACCAAGAAGUAAUGGAAGGGUUUCUUUUCCUUGUUCUCAACCGCAUGGGAAAAAUGCUAGCCCUCCAUGUUUUCCAUGACCUGCGACUUCCAAUGGGGAUUUGUCCUGGGAUGACAUUCCCAAAUGGACUGGAAGCAAUGACUGACGAGGGUCUUAUGCCAAACGAGGCACAACUCGAAGCCAAGUCUCUCGUUCGGCUUUUGGACAGAAUACUUAAUGCGGAAUCCCUCCAAUCACCCUUCAAGACAUCGGUUGCUCGUCAAUUUCUCAUAAAUGCCAAAGAACGUUUGCAAAAGUCUCUUCUCCAGGCUGUAUUUGGACCUGAUGAUCAUCUGUUUCGGGAGGGUCUGCAGCGUCCGCACACUCCGCCUCCUCAGGUACUUGAUGGCCAACAGAUGGGCCAGGACAAGUUUUCGGAUUGGCUUACACAGGAGUUGUGGCGGCUUGUUGGUUGGAAUGUGUUGAAGACUGUGAUUGCUUCAACCUAA